UGAGAAAAUAUCAUAAUCACACCUCAAUUAUAAAAUUAAUAUCAUAUUAUUUGUUGCCUAACCUUUCGUGCUAAUAUUGAUACUCGAGCAAGCGAAAGAUUGCAAAAUUGAACUGCGAGCGUAGCAAGUGGUUUGAAAAUUUAAUGUUAAGCGUUCAGAGUAAAAUUAUAGUAAAACACCAACGUGCAUAAAAUACCAACUGUAAAACAUUACGAAUCAAAUCAAAAUGAACGCUAUUCAAUAUUUAUCAUCACUUCCAAGUCGAUUCCACCAACUUUGCCACUCUUGUGGCUACAAUGCAAUUUUCUCGUCGGUUUUUGAAGUACAUGUCAAGAUUAUGAAAUAAAUUAAUCAUUUAUUAUUCAGCUGUAAAUUUUAUCUAUAUGACUAUGUUGAGUAGUAUUUAUUAAAAACCUUGUGAACUUUAGCACUUAUGCAUCUUUGAUGUAGGUGCCUAAGAUACCAAAUACCAAUGUGUUGCUUUGGCACUGGUUGCCAACAGUGAGUCAACCCGAUAACGCUCGGUACCAUAUCUAUUCGUAGUAAAAGAUAACGAUAGUGAGUGCCGAAUAUUGCACCUAAUGUUAGUAUCGCGUUACCUUAUUUUUUUGGCACCACGAUGAGUGCGAUUAAACGGUAUUUUAGGGAAGAGGCAAAAGUGCAGAUGUUAGUGCUAGGGCAUCCCAAACCGUCGGACUUUUACCUCAGUGUUUGGCAAACAACUCGGUCCGCGGUCCCACUUCUCAUUUGGCGGUCGUUCCUAUUUCUAGUGUCACUUGGAGUAGUACUCGCGUCUUUGAUUCUGUAUAUAUUGGUGUCUAAAGCAGGAUAUUGGUUCAUUUACCUUACGCAUUGGGGUCUCACGAUAAACACAUUUGCCACUGGAUUUGCAGUUGCAGUCUCCGCGCGCUGCUAUCUCUAUGGACCAAUAAGCGGUGAAUUUCUUCUACCAUGGUACGUGAAGACCUACUGGGUAUUAUACAACUCGGCCAUUCCCCUGGCCUUCCUCAUCACUAUCUUUUACUGGACUGUACUCUAUGGAUUGCACGAAGAAGAGGAGUUGAACCAUGCCCUAGAUGUGUCUGUUCACGGCGUAAACUCGCUGGUGAUGUUCGGGCUUCUCAUCAGUGCCUCCCAGCCCUCGCGGAUGUGGCACAUCUACCAACCACUUCAAUUUGCCAUUCUCUAUGUUAUAUUCAGCGCGAUUUAUUAUGGUGCUGGUGGAGUUGAUGCGAGCGGAAACAGAUGGAUUUACUCCGUAGUGGAUUGGUCAUCGCCAGGCACGACGAUAGGCGUCGUAGCAUUGACCGGGCUUCUGUUAGCGGUGCUACACUUCGUGGUGAUGGGGCUGGCGGUCGCACGCGACGCGCUGGCUUCCAAGUUGUUUCACGACUCGGUUACAGUGCAUGGGGCGGAGGGGGUACCGCUAAGGCGACGGCCAAGUCAAUUGCAGACCUCAAAUGCAUAGAUUCGAUAUUAUUACCACUUCGCACAGCGGUAAAAACGAGUAUGAUAUUAUAAUAAUGUAAUAGUUGUAGAGAAUAAAGAGGUACGAGUAAAGUCAAUUGAUGCAAAAUUAGUUUCGUAUAUAUGAAGAGCUCUGUGGUCAAGAAUUAUAUUUGGGAUGUUAUCGCGUGAACAGCUUUUUUGUAAUGAAGAUGAGAUGAAAAGACGAUUGACUGUGUUUGACUUUGCUGCAUAUCGAUUAGAGGUUGGAUGUAAAUAUAAUCUUUUUAUAUUUGAGAACUUAUGAAUGUAGAUAUUAAAAAUUAAGCGACAGCAUACUAUA